GGCUGGCACGCUGGCCCCUCCGCCUGCGGGGUCUCUGGGCUCCACGCUGCCCACGGGAUGCGGAGGGGGCCUCUGGAGGGGGCGGGUUCGCUGCAGCCAGAACGCCGGGAGCCGCCCAGGAAUUUUGGCUAGGACUGAGAGCAUUUCCUCCCGGGCGGGCCCGGCGCGAUCCCGGGGAGGGCGGCUGCGGGCAGACGCUGCGCUGCGUUCGGCCCGGCCGGCACCAUGCGGUCCCUGCUCUGCGCGCUGGCCGGGCUCGCCCUGUUCCGCGCCGCGGGAGUCUUCGCCGCUGCGGAACCCCUCAUCCGCUCCCACGGAGACCUAGCUCGGAGCCCAGGGUGUGACAGACACUUGGCUGUCCACGGCCAUUUAGACGUCAUAGAGGAGACGGUGGAGAAGACGGUGGAGCACCUGGAGGCAGAAUUGAAAGGCCUGCUGGAUCAGCUGGAGGAGCUGGCCUGGAACCUGCCCCCGGGGCCCUUCAGCCCGACCCCUGACCUCCUUGGAGACGAUCCCUUCUGAGCCCGGGAGAUGGAGGAGCCCAGCAGCUGAAGUGAUGUACCUCUCAGCUUUCCUCUGAGAACAGAGCCAUGCAUUCUGGCCUGCCUUCCUCAGCUUUGUGCACAGUAAAAGCUACGCCUUUGGUCCCCUCUGUCUCUGACAGUGACCCCUAUAGCCACAGCCCCUUCUCCAUCUACUCCCCUGCCCUGAGGCCCACAUUCCCCUGCGGGCUCAGACCCUGAGUUGGUCUGCGCUUCUGCCCUCCUUAUUUACAGGAGCAGACAGGGCAGGGGCUGGGUCACAGAGAUGAAGCACUGGAGGCGCAUAAUCGUAAGGUGACACAGCAGAAGGGCCCUUUGAGUAGCCUUCCUACUCAAAACGUGGCCAGCUUAGAUGAGCAGCAGCAUCACCUGGGAGCUUGUCACAAAUGCAGAACUUGGGGCCCACCUUGGCUUCCUGCAUCAGAAUCUACAUUUUAAUGAGAUCCCCAGGGGAUUUGUGUACACAUUACAGUUAAAAAAGAAAAUUUUAAUGUAAAAUUCACAUAACAUAAAAUUCAAAAUUUUAACCAUUUUAAACUACAAAUUCAGUGGCUUCACAAUGUUGUGCAAUCACUACUCUCUAAUUUCAGAACAUUUUCAUCACCCCAAAUAGAAACCCUGGACCUAUAAAGCAGUCACUUCCCACUCUCCCUCCCACCAGCCUUUGGAAACCACUAAUAUUUCUGUCUCUAUGGACUUGCCUAUUCUGGACAUUUCAUAUAAAUGGAAUCAUACAAUAUGUGGUCUUUUGUGUCUGACUUUUUUUCACUUAGCCUAAUGUUUUCAAGGUUCAUUCAUGUUGUAAUGUAUAUCAGUACUCUGUUCCCUUUUAUGGCUGAAUAAUAUUCCAUUGUAUGGAUGAACCACAUUUUAUUCAUUUAUUCAUCAAUUGAUGGACAUUUGGGUUGUUUGCACUUUCUGGCUAUUAUGAAUAAUGCUGCUAUGAACAUUCAUGUAUAAGUUUUUGUGUGGACAUACAUUUUCAUUUCUCUUGGGUCUAUAACUAGGAGUGGAAUUGCUGAGUCAACUAGUAACUCUUAAGUUUUUGAGAAACCACCAGGACAGUUUUUGCACAGCAGCUGUACCACUCUACCUUCCCAGCAAUGUAUAUACAAGGGUUUCAAUUUUUCCACAUCCUCACCAACAUCUGUCUUUUUGAUUAUAGCCAUCAUACUAGGUGUGAAGUCGUAUCUCAUUGUGGCUUUAAGUUGCAUUUACCUAAUGACUAGUGAUGCUGAGCAUCUUUCAUGUGUUUGUUGGCCAUUUGUAUAUAUUUUUUGGAGAAAUGUCUGU